AGGCGGACCCAGCCGGCCAGCUGCCUCUCUUGAUUCCACCAGCUCUUGGGUCUUCUGCCCUCACCUGCUCUCCCCAGGGCAGUUGUGUCCUGCUUGUCCGGCCAUGCGGUGGCUGUGUCCCCUGGCUGUGUCUCUUACUGUGGUGCUGGCUGCAGGGUUGAGCAGGGUCUCUGGGGGUGCCCCCUCGCCCUUGGGCAGGCACACAGCCGAGGCCCAAGAGCAGCAGAGCCGAUCCAAGCGAGGCACUGAGGAUGAGGAGGCCAAAGAGGUGCAGCAUUACGUGCCUGAGGAGUGGGCUGAGUACCCCCGGCCCAUCCACCCUGCUGGCCUGCAGCCCACCAAAUUGUUGGAGGCCACCAGCCCCAGCCCAGACAAGGAUGGGGGCACCCUGAGCAGCGGGCAGGAGUUGAGGGGCAACCUGACGGGGGUGCCAGGUCAGAGGCUGCGGAUCCAGAACCCUCUGUACCCGGUGACCGAGAGCUCCUACAGUGCCUACGCCAUCAUGCUCCUGGCCCUGGUGGUGUUCGCCGUGGGCAUAGUGGGCAACCUGUCAGUCAUGUGCAUCGUGUGGCACAGCUACUACCUGAAGAGUGCCUGGAACUCCAUCCUCGCCAGCCUGGCCCUCUGGGACUUCCUGGUUCUCUUUUUCUGCCUCCCUGUUGUCAUCUUCAACGAGAUCACCAAGCAGAGACUGCUGGGUGACGUUUCUUGCCGGGCCGUGCCCUUCAUGGAGGUCUCCUCCCUGGGAGUCACGACUUUUAGCCUCUGUGCCCUGGGCAUUGACCGCUUCCAUGUGGCCACCAGCACCCUGCCCAAGGUGAGGCCCAUUGAGCGGUGCCAGUCGAUCUUGGCCAAGCUGGCUGUCAUCUGGGUGGGCUCCAUGACUCUGGCAGUGCCCGAGCUCCUGCUGUGGCAGCUGGUGCAGGAGCCAGCCCCCACCACGGGCACCGUGGACUCGUGCAUCAUGAAACCCUCUGCCAGCUUGCCAGAGUCCCUCUACUCGCUGGUGAUGACCUACCAGAACGCCCGCAUGUGGUGGUACUUUGGCUGCUACUUCUGCCUGCCCAUCCUCUUCACGGUCACCUGCCAGCUGGUGACGUGGCGAGUGCGGGGCCCACCAGGUAGGAAGCCGGAGUGCCGGGCAGGUAAACACGAGCAGUGUGAGAGCCAGCUCAACAGCACCGUGGUGGGCCUGACGGUGGUCUACGCCUUGUGCACCCUCCCGGAGAACGUCUGCAACAUCGUGGUGGCCUAUCUCUCCACCGAGCUCACCCGCCAGACCCUGGACCUCCUGGGCCUCGUCAACCAGUUCUCCACCUUCUUCAAAGGCGCCGUCACCCCCGUGCUCCUCCUGUGCAUCUGCAGGCCGCUGGGCCAGGCCUUCCUGGACUGCUGCUGCUGCUGCUGCUGCCAGGAGUGCGGGGCCUCGGAGGCCUCGACGGCCGGAGGCCCGGACGGCAAGCUCAAAGCCGAGGCGUCCUCCUCCAUCUACUUCCACAAGCCCAGGGAGUCCCCCCCGCUCCUGCCCCUGGGCACGCCUUGCUGAGGCCAGGCCCCAGCGGGGAGGGGGACCCAGGAGCUGGGGCAGAGCAGGCUGGGAGGGGCCGCCACCCGAGCCAGAGCCCAGCCUGCUGUUUCUUUCCCCAUAGGUCUUGCUUUGCUGCCCAUCUUGGUGUCUAGACAUGGACGUGGCUCCUCUUGACAAGGUUGGGGGUGUCGAAUCUCCUUUCCCAAGCAGGGCCUUUCCUGUUGCUCUGGGGGCCUUCUGGCCCUGUUCUUACCACGGGUGGGCGGUGAUGCUCCUAGGUCCCUAAAACUGCCCCAAAUCUCUGUCCCACCGCCUGGGAGCCUGAACGCGGCCUUCCCUUCCUUGUUUGCAUCCCUGCUUCCCUUUCUUUGCCUGGGAUCCUGACUAUAUGUUAGGCGAGCCCACCCGCAACCCAGGGGUCUGUCCUGGAAUAGGGGACUCAGCCUGACCAGGCUCACUACCGUUUUCUCUGGACUGAAUCUGUCCCAGCCAGGGAGACCUCCUCCCUUCUUCCAGAAGAUUUUUCUCUUCCCUCUCCCUUCUCCGAGGUGCCCCAGGUGGCCCUGUCCAAACCUCUCCUGUUAGGUUCUUCCCUACAGAAGGCCAUUCUUGAAAAUAAACUAGAUAGAACUAC